AUGGGCAUGGAGAAGCGCAGCCAUUUGCCCAAGAUCACAGUUAGUGAGGGACAGAGCCAGGAUCCAGACUCAGGGACGCUGCCGUUGCCCCAGGAGACAACCGUGGAGCUGAGCUGUGGACCAGGGCCAGUGCAAGUGAUUCUGGGCCCAGAGCAGGUGGCUGUGCUGGACUGUAGUCUGGGGACUGCCGCUGCCGGACCCCCCACCAGCGUCACAUGGAGCAAAGAUGGAGGUGCCCUGCAGGAACAUGACCACCUACGCCUGCUACCCAAUGGCUCCUUGUGGCUGUCCCAGCCGCCAGCACCCAAUGGCAAUGAAGAGGCGGCCCCUGCAGCCUCAGAUGUCAUCGAAGGCAGCUAUUCCUGCCUGGCCCAUGGCCCCCUCGGAGUAGUGGCCAGCCAGGCUGCAGUGGUCAAGCUCGCCACACUCACAGGCUUCACUCUGCACCCGGAGUCUCAGACAGUGGAGGAGAACGGGACGGCUCGAUUUGAGUGCCACAUUGAAGGGCUGCCAGCACCCAUCAUUACUUGGGAGAAGGACCAGGUGACAGUGCCUGAGGAACCUCGGCUCAUCACUCUUCCCAAUGGGGUUCUCCAGAUCCUGGAUGUUCAGGAAAGUGACGAAGCCUCCUACCGCUGCGUGGCCACCAACUCAGCCCACCAGCGCUUCAGCCAGGAGGCCCUACUCAGGGUGGCCCACAGAGGGUCCCUGGCAUCUACCAGGGGGCAGGACGUGGUCAUUGUGGCAGCUCCGGAGAACACCACAGUGGUGUCUGGACAGAGUGUGGUGAUGGAAUGUGUGGCCUCUGCUGACCCUACCCCUUUCGUGUCCUGGGUCCGACAGGACGGGAAGCCCAUCGCCACCGAUGUCAUCGUCCUGGGCCGCACCAACCUCCUGAUCGCCAGCGCGCAGCCCCGGCACUCUGGCACCUACGUCUGCCGCGCUAACAAGCCCCGCACGCGCGACUUUGCCACCGCAGCAGCUGAGCUUCGUGUGCUGGGCAUGGACAAUGUGGAAUACCAGUUUGCAGUGAACAAUGACACGACAGAGCUACAGGUUCGGGACCUGGAACCCAACACGGAUUAUGAAUUCUACGUAGUGGCCUAUUCUCAGCUGGGGGCCAGCCGCACCUCCACCCCAGCGCUGGUCCACACACUGGACGAUGUCCCCAGUGCAGCGCCCCAGCUCUCCCUGUCCAGCCCCAACCCCUCGGACAUCAGGGUGGCGUGGCUGCCCCUGCCUCCCAGCCUGAGCAAUGGGCAGGUGGUGAAGUACAAGAUAGAGUACAGUUUGGGAAAGGAAGAUGUGAUUUUCUCCACCGAAGUGCCAGGGAAUGAGACACAGCUUACGCUGAACUCACUUCUGCCCAACAAGGUGUAUCGAGUACGGAUUUCAGCCGGCACGGGGGCUGGCUAUGGGGCGCCCUCCCAGUGGAUGCAGCACAGGACACCCAGUAUGCACAACCAGAGCCACGUCCCUUUUGCCCCUGCAGAGUUGAAGGUCCGGGCAAGGAUGGAGUCCCUGGUUGUGUCCUGGCAGCCGCCCCCUCACCCCGCCCAGAUCUCUGGCUACAAACUGUACUGGCGGGAGGUCGGGGCCGAGGAGGAGGCUGAUGGUGAGAGUCCCCCAGGGGGCCGUGGAGACCAGGCUUGGGAUGUGGGGCCUGUCCGGCUCAAGAAGAAAGUGAAGCAGUAUGAGCUGACCCAGCUAGUCCCUGGCCAGCUGUACGAGGUGAAGCUUGUGGCAUUCAACAAACAUGAGGACGGCUACGCAGCAGUGUGGAAGGGCAAGACGGAGAAGGCUCCCACGCCAGACUUGCCCAUCCAGAGGGGGCCACCCCUACCCCCCGCUCAUGUCCAUGCGGAGUCAAACAGCUCCACAUCCAUUUGGCUUCGAUGGAAAAAGCCAGACUUCACCACAGUCAAGAUUGUCAACUACACUGUACGAUUCAGCCCCUGGGGGCUCAGGAAUGCCUCCCUGGUCACCUAUUACACCAGCUCUGGAGAAGACAUCCUCAUUGGCGGGCUGAAGCCAUUCACCAAAUAUGAGUUUGCAGUACAGUCCCAUGGCGUGGACAUGGAUGGGCCUUUCGGCUCUGUGGUAGAGCGUUCCACCCUGCCUGACCGGCCCUCGACGCCCCCAUCUGACCUGCGCCUGAGCUCCCUGACACCGUCCACUGUUCUGCUGCACUGGUGCCCUCCCACGGAGCCCAAUGGAGAGAUCGUGGAGUAUCUGAUCCUGUACAGCAACAACCACACCCAGCCCGAGCACCAGUGGACCCUACUCACCACGGAGGGAAACAUCUUCAGCGCUGAGGUACGCGGCCUUGAGAGCGACACGAGGUACUUCUUCAAGAUGGGGGCACGCACAGAAGUGGGGCCUGGGCCCUUCUCUGGCCUGCAGGAUGUGAUCACUCUUCAGGAGAAGCUUUCAGACUCCUUGGAUGUGCACUCAGUCACGGGCAUCAUCGUGGGUGUCUGCCUGGGCCUCCUCUGCCUGCUGGCCUGCAUGUGUGCUGGCCUGCGCCGUGGCCCCCACAGGGAAGCCCUCCCAGGCCUGUCCUCCACGGCCACCGCUGGGAACCCCGCUCUGUACUCCCGAGCCUGCCUUGGACCCCCCAGUCUCCCAACUACCCAUGAACUGGAGUCCCUUGUGCACCCCCGUCCCCAGGACUGGUCCCCACCACCCUCAGACAUCGAGGACAGGGCUGAAGUGCACAGCCUUAUGGGUGGUGGAGUUUCUGACUGCAGGGGUCACUCCAAGAGAAAGAUCUCCUGGGCUCAGCCAGGUGGGCCGAGCUGGGCAGGUUCCUGGGCAGGCUGUGAGUUGCCCCAGGCAGGCCCUGUGCCUUCUCUGACCCGGGCCCUGCUGCCCCCUGCUGGAACUGGGCAGACGCUGUUGCUGCAGGCUCUGGUGUAUGAUGCCAUAAAGGGCACUGGGAGGAAGAAGCCACCCCCAGUCUGCAGGAACCAGGUGGAGGCUGAAGUUAUUGUACACUCUGACUUUAGUGCCUCCAAAGGGAACCCUGACCUCCACCUGCAAGACCUAGAACCUGAGGAUUUCCUGCCUUCCGAGGCUCCUGACCUUACUUUGGAUGUUGUGGAUCUAGGGCAAGGGGUAGACUGGCUGGACAGGGAGCUGGGAGGGUGUGAGCAGGCAACCACUGGGCCAGACAGACUUACCUGCCUGCCAGAGGCACCUUCUUGCCCCUACCCAGACCUCCAGCCCAGUGAGGCUCUGGAGGAGGCCCCUGGAAACAACUGCCAGUCAAAGGCCCCCUGCCCUCUAGGAGCCAGCCCAGGCUUGCCCAGAACCUCAGUCUCCUCCUCUGCAUAGCUCCCCUAGAGAGUACAGUUUGGGACAGGCUCUUAUGGAUCAUGGGAUAUGACACCUGUGUACCUGCAGAUACCGAACAAGCCAUUUGGAGCCUCCUAGGGUGCUUUGGCUAGAGACAGAGAAAGAAAUGGCUUAUUCACUCCCCCCAUACGCUGUGACACAUGAUAUGUGAGAGACAUGUGAGGCAUGGCAAUAUGUGAUGUACACAUAUGUGAAGCACAUGUGUGUGUGCUGGUUGGUGAGCUGGGAAACCUUGGUCCAGGCAGUGGUCACUACAGCCGAAUUGAUCCUCCAGGUUAGGACAGUGCCCCAGAGUGGUCAGUCCUCAGCCCUGUGCGUCCCCCACCUCUGCCACCCAGCCUUUUAUUACACACUCUGAGAGUGUCUCCAAUGCCCUGUCUGACAAGACAGCCCCAGUCCAUUUUCCUGGCUGGCUGAGCUGAGUGCAAAUAGGCUCUGAAUGCCUGACAUUUUAGUUCCGUUGCUGCCCAUCUCCCACCUCCCAUUGCCCAAAUUGAGAGGGUGACUCUGGUUCCCCUCAGAACAACUCUGCAGUUAAUUUUGUAAUUUGGGAAGUGCCUGGUUUUGAACAUCUGCUUUCUCUUGCUCUCCCCUCCUUCCUUCCCCUUCGCUACUCUAAUGGCCUCUCCCCCAGCCGACUUGCUCUCCUAAUUCCAGUGCCCUUCGCUUCCUUCUGACACUUUCCUUUCCCCUCUGCUGUUUCUGUCUCCUCUUUCUGUCUGCCUCUCCUGUCUCUCACGCCUCUCCCAAAGUGUGUAUGUGGUUCUCCUGCCUUCCUUCCCUAACAACAUGACUACCUCAUGUCUGCUUCGAGGCCAUAGCGUGACUCCUGUGUCUGCCCCUUCGCUUUACUCCGUACCUUCCUGCCCCCUCUUCUCUCUGUGCCUCCGGCUGCCUCCUCCCAGCAGACUGCCCACCCCUAGUGCAAGUUUGGAGAAGACCUUCCAGCUUUCCUUGUAUCUUUCUCCCUGGGAUUGAGAUGGGAGGGUUCUCCUUGGAGGUGAUGAAUCCAAGGCGCACAAGGGGACUUUGGGGAUGGGGAAAUGGGAACAUAACCCAGAGGCUCAGGAUAAAAUUCCCCCCUCCCUUCUAUGCAGGGAGGCAGGUUUGCUGGAUGGGAGGGUGUUUUGGGUCCUUCUUUCUUAGCUAAAGCUAAAAGAGGGGAAGGCGAGUGGGAAUUCGGGGCUCUGCAGCCCUGCAGCUUCCCACUCUGAGCACCUUGCACAUGAGCUGGUGGGGGAGGAGUGAGAGGAAUCUCAUCCCUUUGGGUGCUGGAAGGGAGCUCUUUGCACAGGACCAGGGCAAUUGGCUCAUUUUUUUUGUUCUGUUUUGUUCUGAAUUCAGUCCUGAAGUCGAUUUCUGUUGAUCUGCCCCGCAAGGACAAGCUUGGCUUCUAUGUUCUGUGCUGACAAAACAAUGCAUUUUAUUUUAUUUUGCACCUCAGCCUCUCGUAGGAGCAUGGAAUGUGGGGGUCUUUUCUCCCUAAAUGCAUUUUUAACUGAUUGGGAUAUCGAGGGUUAACUCUGGCUUCUGGGCUAAAUUAGAAAUAACCAGUCUAUCUCCACCCACCCCCCUUUUUUAAUGGUGAAAUGUCUCUCAGCAGAGUUGCAGCUUCCUCAGACCCUUUCAGCAUCUGUGUUUAUUACACUCGGGUGUCACUCACGUUUGACAUCGCACCUACAUUUCCUCCCCAUCCCCCUCCUUCAGCCUAUGAUAACACUAAAGAUUAUUAAUGUUGGUUUUGUAUCUUGUUAAGGACAGAAUUGUCACUUGUACUAUUUCUGUGGCAUUCAGCGUUGCUGUGGCUAACACCACACUCUAUAUGUUUCAUCAUUGCUCUGAAGGUCAAAAGCCUCGUUUUAUUUUGCUGGUUUGAUUUUUUUUUUCCUAAAGGAAAAAAAAAAAAAAAACUGCCCUGAAUUAAAUGGCUGUUUUAACAGUAGGCUCUUAGCAUUACACCACAUAGUCAUUUUUCAUGUUCUUGUUUAACAGGCACUGAGGUUCUGGUUUAAAUUAAAUAGCUGCAAAUGAGACAAUUUAUAACCCAUUAGGUUGGGUGGAAAAUUGUUUCUCAAAAGCAAAUAAGUAAUAAAUCUGGUAUCUGCCUAUAACUCACAGUUGAUAAGAAAGUGGCCAUUACUCACUAGUAUUAUAUAUGAUUUGGGCUCUGGGUAAUUUGGAAGUGUUAGGUUUGUGUCUUUGUGGCAGUAUUUUUAUUAGAAAAGAGUCUAUUGGCCUUUUACAGGGUAUUAAUCCCUUUGUCACCUACCAUCGAUGCCUUACGUUUUUGAGUCUCAUUUUAAAGCCUUCCCCUUUUUGAUGCAUGGCAAGUGUAAUCAUUUCUGCUCAUUUAUUUGUCUGUAUUUAGUUUAUGCUCUUUAUUUAAUUAUUUUUCCAGCAUUUGUUUCUCUUUACAAAUAUGACAUUUUUUAGUGUUAAGCCAAGGCAUUGAUCAUGUAUCUGUCCUUAUAAUGAAUUAAUAAACUAUUUUCCAAAAAUA